UAGCGGUGGGGGGCAGCGGUCCGGAGCUGACUGGGGUUGCUUUAUUUCCUGGCUCCCAGCGCUCCCCGCUCCGCUUCCCGAGUUCCGCCGGCUGCAGCCUUUGGGGAGAAGGAGGGGAGCCCCGGCCGCCCCUCAUCCCCCAGUCACUCCUCUGCGGAGCGGCCCUGGCCGGGGCCGCGGUGGGAGAAGACCCCGGCGGUGCUCGGCGCCGGUGCGGGCGGAGAGGGAGCGUGGCGUGAUCGGGGAUCCCGUGACUCCGGGGCAGGCGGGAGCUCCGCGGGGAGGCGGCUCCUGCCGGGCCAUUCCCAGCCGGCGCGCGGUCAGCGUCCGGCUCCGCCGCGCUUCCCCAGCGCACGUAAAGAUUUCGGACCUGCGAGGGUGAAUCUUGGUUUAGUAUCUGUCUGCUCAACACCUUCCGAACCGAAAAACCCCGAACCGAUGCCUUUUACCGCCCCUUCUUCUUGCCGUCUGUUGAAGAAGGACUUUUGUUUUUCCAAGGGGACCCUGGGGGAUGAGUUUUUAGUUCUUCUUUUUCGAACCAGUGACUCGAUUCAGCUCUGCUCUGCAACGGCCGGUUGCUGUUCUAAUCGUGGCAGGUCUAGGAAACCAGGAGGAUAUAUUCCCAUAACAAUGGCAGCGAAAUCAUCACUCCUUAAAGUAAUACUGCUAGGAGAUGGUGGAGUUGGGAAGAGUUCCCUUAUGAACCGAUACGUCACCAACAAGUUUGAUGCACAGCUGUUUCAUACAAUAGGUGUGGAAUUCUUAAAUAAAGAGUUGGAAGUCGAUGGACAUUUUGUUACAAUGCAGAUAUGGGACACAGCAGGUCAGGAACGUUUUAGGAGCUUGCGGACUCCUUUCUAUAGAGGUUCUGACUGUUGCCUUCUAACCUUCAGUGUGGAUGACUCUCAGAGCUUCCAAAACUUAAGCAACUGGAAGAAAGAAUUCAUUUAUUAUGCAGACGUCAAGGAGCCUGAAAGCUUUCCAUUUGUGAUACUGGGUAACAAAGUUGAUAUCGAUGAAAGGCAAGUGUCAACAGAAGAGGCCCAAGACUGGUGCAGGAAUAAUGGCAACCAUCCCUAUUUUGAAACCAGUGCGAAAGAUGCUACUAAUGUGGCAGCAGCCUUUGAAGAAGCUGUUAGAAGAGUUCUAGCCUCUGAAGAUAGAUCAGAUCACUUCAUUCAAACGGAUACAGUAAACCUUCAUCGGAAACCGAAACCCAGUUCAUCUUGUUGCUGACUUAAAUUUUUUUUUUUUUUUUGCCAAAUUACUUCUGACUAGCUUGCUCUAUGGAAGGAUGGGGAAGGUGUAGUAGAUAAAAUAACAAACGGGUUCCACUCUAUGUUAUAAUUGUAAUAUUCUGCUGCUUUCUUGGGGGAGCAAAAGAGGAAUUUCCAUUCAUGAGUGACCCAUUAUUGAAUUAGUGACACCUUCUGUUUAGGAAGGUGUCAAGUAAAAACAUUAAUAUAAGAAUGUAAUUUGCCAACUUUAUUCAAUACUUUGAAUAUAAUUAAAACUUGAAAGUUCUAGAAGCACUACUUUGGAGAAACUGUUCUGGAAUUCAGGCACAAAGAUAAUUUUAUAUGUGUAUAUUUUUAUGAAAUUGGCAUUCCAUUAUGUUUCACUAGAAGUCAAGUUUCUUAACAAUGCUAGAUAUUAAAUUUCAGUCUCACUACAUUCCUUUUGCUGUCAGUGGUACUUCAUCUCUAAUGUGUUUAUUGUAAGUUAAUAUAAAUUACCUUUGGAUCUUCUCUAAUUUCCUAAUGUUGCUAUAAUUUGUAUAGAUUUUUAAGUAGGAAAUAAAUUUCCUACAUAUUUAAUAUCCAUUUUCCUUUCAUUUUUUAUUUUAAUGCUGUACUAAUUUUCCCAGCAGUUUAAUGCAAGAGACUGAUGAUUUUAAGUUAAUACACGUUUUUGCCUUAAGUCUCCCUCUAGCAUGUUUCUGAUCAAUAAGCUGAAAAAUCAAGAGUAACUGAAGUAUAACCAUUUUUAGUUAUGAAGAUACACUUUUCUCAGUCAGCUUUAAUAGCACCUGAACAGAUCCACAUUAAGACGAGUUUGUAGGAAAACUUUCAGUAAACAGCCUUAAAGUUCCAAACUUCUGUUCCUGUUAACCUGAGCUAUGAAUGUGUUUACUAGUAAUCUCUGCACUGUGAAACUAAGGAUUGGCAAUACGUAGAGAACUCAGGAAGCUUUUGACUUAUGGUAUAUAUUGUGACAGCUUUCAGCCCUGAUACAAGCAAAUACCUACAGCUAGUGUUAUUUUUGAAUAUGGACUUAUACAGACUUACACAUUUAAGACAAUGAUGUGUUUUAUAUUACUGUACUCAUUAUACAGUGAUGAACAGAAGCAAAUUCUGUACUUAAUGGAUGGUCUUUCUGCAGAGAUGCAGGUGACGCCACAGAAGGUACAUUUGAAGUUCUCCAUUGCAGAUAAGUGGUAGAAUACGAGAUGUUGUUGAAUGUCCGCUCUCAAAGUACCCACUGUCCUUGUAAUAGCAAACUUGAUAGUGUACUGUUGCUUCAAAUGUAUAUUCUGACUGCUAACCAGCAUGCACAUACUCACAUCAUGGACUUCAAAAGGAAGUGUGUGGCCUGUGGGAACAGGCCAUGUUAUUCACUAAACUACACACACUCUGUUUUCUGUACAGUAAGCUUUUUUGUUCCAAUAGAAAAGCCUUUCUUGAGAGUACAGUAAUAGCAAGAGUUUUCUCUUAACGUAUCUCUUCAGUCUGUACGAGGUGUAAUUGUAUGGAAGUAAAGCUUGCAAAACAAACCCUGCUUGUCGCUCUUAAUAUACUUUUCUGUAUUGCAUUCUUUCUUGAACCUUUCCAGGACAACCUUACUCCAUAGAUCUGCUGCUCCUGCUUAAAAUCACUUAAAAGUGAUACCUUUUUACCUUUUGUACAUUCCUAAGUCUAAUUCAUUCUUGCAGUCCUGCAUAUACAGCAACAGAACUGUGUUAUAAGCUUCAGUCACCUAACAGCUAAAUAUAGGGGGAGCUGCUACUUCUGUUAUGUUUCUAGUGAAUGAAUGAAAAGAUCUGUGAAGAAAAUAAAUUCCUCUUAAUCCUAAGCCAAGAGCAAAAAGCUUUAAAAACCAACAUUGCUUGCAUUGGGGACUACUAAGCUAGUGAUAUGAAAUUGUUGUAAAACUACUAUCUUACAAGUAAAAGCUUCCUUUAAUGUUCUUAUUGGCAGAGGUUAAGGUUGAAAUAAACCAGGAGAUUAAGUUGCCAUGACUAGAGUACUAAAGGUAUGACUAAAAUGAGAUUGCUAAAAGGAAACAAUUAAGGAUGAGAGCCCUUGUGGUCUUUCUUACGCCUAAGCAUCCGUGUUUCACCAUCUGUCCUCUUUUCAUGUAACAUCAUGGUUACCAAGCCUCCACCUGAGAAGUAGGUUUAAUAAAGUUAAAUAAAACUUAA